GGAAGACUUUGACCACGCUUGUUGGUGGGAGGAGUAGCUCGCCAUUCAAACUAGUUUUGUAAACAUUAUUGUCUAAAACGACACGGUUUUGGAUGCUUUGACAUGUUUUGAGUUUUACAUUUUAGUUCGGCUUCUUAUAUAUCAGUAUUAGGAAUUUAUUUUUCUAGUUUUUUUUUUAAGAUAUCAGUUGGAAGUUUGUGGAGCAGCCAUUUUUUCACCCGAAACGUCGCCGUGGACGCUGGUUGAUACGAUUACAUAGUCGUUAUCAGUUUUUAUCCGAGUAAACUCAACUUGUUUGGACUUGUCACGGAGAUAUCCGUCAGCGAGAGAAGAUAUUUUCCUUGGAUAAUCGGUAACACUGUUUUCCUUUCGGAACAAUUUGGGAAUCACAUCGCCGUUUUCGGGACUUGUUGUUCAGCGCUCGGGUUGACCAGUAUUAGAUAUGUUUAUCUAAACUAACUUACAUAGCCUCUGCCUGAUUUGCCAGCCACCUAGGCUGGUUUUUAUAGUUUAAACUACUUGCUUUGUGUGUUUUAACGAAGUUAUCUUUUACAAGAACUGAACUUUUGACUGUAAAGAUGAGUUUCACUGUACGGAGGCACGGCAAGUCUCCAAAUCUUAAGCCCGUUCGCCAAAAGUUGCAGUUUUCGCCCAGCGAUGGUGAAGAAGACGGCAUCGAAGAUGCCAAUAACAGCACCGGAGCCGAAUCGGGCUUCACCGAGCUGGACUCCCCGGUGUCCGUGCGGCGCAGCAGCGAUAAGAGGCCGGAGGACCUGGGCAGCAGCAGCCCGCUUAGCCGAACCAGAGACGACGACGAGUCUUGGGAUGAGGAGGGGUUCGGCUCACCGUCUCGGGCAAAACCAACUUUUUACAUGAAAAGCUCUCCAUCGCCAAGGAAAAGUCCCCAGGCUUACGACAGUUCACCUGAGAGGAGUUACAUUCAUGAUGACAUGGAAGGAUCCAGCUCUCCUGUCCCGGACUGUCCUGAUACACCACCCCAUAAAACCUUCAGAAAACUCCGUCUGUUUGAUACCCCUCACACCCCGAAGAGCUUAUUGUCGAGGGCCAGGACGAUGGCAUCGACGAGCCGGAGAGUCGCCCUGUUUAAGAAUGUGGAUUCCUCGAGCAAAGCCUGUCUCGACGGAAGACGAAACCAGACACCUCUAGUAAACAUCAACCCCUUCACCCCGGACUCCAUUCUGGUGCAGUCGUCGACACUACAAAGAAACAACAGGAAACGAGCACAUUGGAAUGACUCAUGUGGGGAAGACAUGGAUGCAAGUGAUCCUGAGAUAGAGGAUGAGCUCAUUCCACCCUCAAAGAGGAUCACAAUGAUGGAGAACAACAACAUGAUGUCCAGAUAUGCGUCUGAAUUCCAUGAGCUGGAGAAGAUCGGCUCUGGAGAGUUUGGUUCUGUUUUUAAAUGUGUGAAGAGGUUGGACGGCUGUAUUUACGCCAUCAAGCGUUCCAAGAAGCCCUUGGCAGGCUCUGUGGAUGAGCAAAAUGCACUUCGUGAGGUUUAUGCACAUGCAGUUCUUGGACAGCACCCCCACGUUGUGAGGUAUUAUUCUGCUUGGGCAGAAGACGACCACAUGCUGAUCCAGAACGAGUACUGCAACGGAGGAACCUUGUCUGAUGUUAUUGCGGACAACAACAGACGCAUGCACUUCCUGUCUGAGAUGGAGCUGAAGGAUCUGCUGCUGCAAGUCUCUCGUGGACUCAAAUACAUUCACUCUACUGCACUUGUUCACAUGGAUAUCAAGCCAAGCAAUAUAUUCAUUUCACGCAAACCUGCUGCUAGUGUAGAGGAAUUUGAAGAUGAUGAAGAUGGUCCCACCACAAAAGUGGUGUACAAAAUAGGUGAUCUAGGUCAUGUUACAACGGUUACCAAUCCACAAGUUGAAGAAGGUGACAGCAGAUACCUGGCAAAUGAAGUUCUUCAAGAGGACUACAGUAACCUGAAAAAGGCAGACAUAUUUGCCCUUGCUCUGACUGUAAUCAGUGCCUCUGGAGCAGAGCCACUUCCCACCAAUGGAGAAAAGUGGCAUAAAAUCCGACAGGGCAUCCUGCCACAUAUCCCACAAGUGCUUUCCCAGGAAUUUUUAAGCUUGUUAAAGCUUAUGAUCCAUCCUGACCCAACACGACGACCCUCAACCUCUGACCUUGUCAGACAUCCCGUUCUUCUGACUGCUUCCAGAAUGAGUGCCGACCAGCUGCGUGUUGAGCUCAACGCUGAGAGAUUCAAGAAUGCACUUCUGCAGAAGGAGCUGAAGAAAGCUCAGAUGGCAAAGGCUGCAGCAGAAGAGAGGGUUCUGUCCACAGACCGCGUUCUUACACGUUCCACAGUCCAAUCCAGUUCCAGAGCUUCUCGACUCAUUGGGAAAAAGAUGAACCGUUCUGUUAGUCUCACGAUUUACUGAACUGAACCCCAGACAGUGGAGAGACCAAUCCUAAUGGAAACUACAGCGGUGCUUAUCAAAGACUUGGGCAUGCAGACAGUUUUGUCUGUAGCCAGAAGGAUGACACAGACUGUUUUUUGACUUCUAGUGCUUAUACUGUUUGGUACAAGUACCAUAGUCUGAAGCUUGGAUCCUAUUGGCACUAGGUUUGCCUUCUCAAACUCUCUCGACAGAAUUGCCUUAAGAUGGACACAUUAGCAUAGUUCUGUCUUCCUAAUCUUUGCUUUAAGUUCCAUAGGUAAGGGUUGAAAUGGCCUCCCUGCACUUUAUCGAAGGUGCAGUGUUGCUCUUUACCAAAUGGGAGAUGUGUGCCCCUAAUGAGCCCUGAUAUGUGAAUGUACCAGAUCAAAGAUUUGUGCACCUUACUGCCUGUGAAAAAUGCCUGUUGGGCCACAGAAGUUGGGGCUUGAGUUAGAUUGCCAUUAAAAUGAGCACUUUGGAGGCAAUGGUGAGCUUGCCACAGAAAGCCUGCUGCUAUUCAUGUUCGUCUGUAUCCAGUUAGGGUUGGAAGAUUUUAUUUUCUUUACUUUUAAAUCAUUUUAUCCAUCCAAACAAGCAAUAUUUCACAAUCUCAUUAAGCUCCAGUAACUUUUUUUUUUUUUUUUUUUUUUUUUUUUGCGGAUUUUACAAACAGCCUUUUUUUGUUGUUCUGUCCAAUCUUGUCAAAUCUUGAAUUUAACCAUGUGAUAAACCAUGCUUAAAACUGGAAGCAAGUGAUGAUUUAAAUGUACAUAUGCCUUUCAAAUCUCCAACCCUGUUUUGUAGCAUUAAAACAAUCUUUGUCCAGUUCAUCUGUCUUUAGUUAAUAAUGUUAUUCAGACUUUUGUGUUACUUCAACUACAUCAAUAGGGUACUGUUUAGAUUCUUCGGUCUUGUUAAUCCUCAUCUUCAUUUUGUCUGUAAAUACGUUCAUUUUAAUAAACUGUUUUCACCUAAA